UACUUCCUGUCUGUUAAAAAGGGGGGAUGGAUUUGGACGAAGCUAGUUUGGUUUCUUCUCUUGAAUUAUAUAAGACACAGCUAUCUCAGGUAGAACAAGCAUUACAGGCAGCUGGAGAUAAUGCAGAUCUAUUACAACUCAAGUCUGAUUUAAAAGAGGUCAUUAGUCUUACCAAUGAGAGUUUAUUAGCACGGAAGAAACGUGAAAUAUUAAAGAGUUUAGAGAACCAUGACACUGACAAUCAACCACAGUCUUCAUCGUCAAAGAUUGAUGAUGAAUAUGCUGCUUUUCAGGCAAUGCUUGGAAAUGAACUGACAAGCGGUAAUGAAGAACCAACCUCUUCCACACAUUCAAGCAGUGACAUUGGUAAGGGACACAACUCCCGCUUACAAAAGGAAGAGAAAAAUGGAGCAGAUGAUAACAGUGACAAUUUUGACAGUGAUUACACUGAACAAUUUAAAGAUUUGAUUGGUGGAAUAUGUCGUGUUCCAUUUUCAUUUGAUUGGGGAAAUUUAAGUUAUUAUAAUGCCAUGAUAACAGGAGUUGUGAAUCCAGACUCUGAUGAUAAUAUACCUAAGGUUCUAGUCAUGUUUUGUAAUCCUACCCACAAUUCCAUGCUUCCAUGCAAGUUUUUCCUGGAGGGUCAGUGUAGGUUUCCAGAUGAUAAAUGCAAAUAUUCUCAUGGUUAUCCAAUUUGUCUAGACGAUUUAGACGAAUACAAAGAACCAGAUUACAGUAAGCUCAAACUUGAAGAUAAAUGUUUGGCUAGAUACGAAGAUGAUCUCUGGUAUCAGGGGAUGAUUGUUGAUCUCCAUGACGAUGACCAUGUGACAGUAAUGUACAACUCGUACGAUGAGACAGCUAAACUUGAAUUAAAAGAUAUUGUUCCCUAUGACAAACAUUCAGAAGACUCUGAUAACAGUGAUAAUGACAGAACUCAGCCUCUUUCUGGAAGUGAGAGUGAAGAAGAUGAACUUCCUGUGUUCCUAUGGAGACCAUCAUCAACCUCUGACACAUUUGGGGAAUGGGAAGCUCAUACAAAGGGUAUUGGUAUGAAGUUGAUGAAAAAAAUGGGUUAUAUUUAUGGUCAAGGAUUAGGAAAAUCUGGCUCUGGCAGAGUGGAACCUGUACCUAUUCAACUUAUACCUCAAGGACAGUCAUUAGAUAGAAUCAUGGAAUUAAAGGAGCUAGCAGGGGAUCAAGAUUUGUUUGAUGUUUUGAAGAAACAGCAAAAAGGAAAAAAUAAAAGCAAGGUUCCAAAACAGAAAACAGUUUCAAAGCAGAAUCCUACAGAUGUGUUUGAAUUUAUAAACAAAAAAUUGUCAGGGAAAAAAGGUGAUAUAAAGGAACUGAUUCCUGACCAUCAUGUUCACAUCAAUCAUAAGAAACGGAGUGAACCAACAAAAGAAAUAACAGAGAAUGAUCUUUCAAAAAGAAGUGACAGAAAUAUUAAUGUCCAGAUAUUCAAAACACAUGAAGAAAUGAAGAAUGUGGAAAAAGAGAUAUCUAGAUUAAAACAGUCACUCUCAAGAAAUGAAAAUAAGGAUAAAGGUGUAGCCAAUGUGAUAAAACAGAAAAUAUCUGCCAAAGAAGAAUAUUUACAGAAACUUAAACUUUCUGAACAGACAAUGCAAAAUCACCAGACCAAAAGAUCAAACCACAAAAAAUUAACGAUUUUCUGAAAAUAUGGAGAAUGUGCAAUUUUAUCUUUGAUAAUUUAUUAAAUGUGACACAAUAA